CAGCAAAUGUGUCACACGGCUGACGCGGCCUCUGUACCGUGCGUCAAGAAACGAAACCAAAAAUGCUUCAAAUGCGAAAACAAAGUGGAUCUUGACAUUUUUAAACUGAGCGCAAAUUAUUAAUCACCGUUCCUUAUAUUCGAAUGAGGCAACAGAAGGGAUAGUGUGUGACAGGCGUUCAUGGGGCUGACGGCAGGAUGGCCCACUUUGAUACAGAAUACCAGCGCCUGGAGGCUUCCUACAGCGAUUCCCCUCCUGGAGAAGAGAACCUGCUGGUGCAUGUUCCAGAGGGAUCCAAAUCUCCAUGGCACCACAUUGAAAAUCUGGACCUUUUCUUCCAGAGAGUCUAUAAUCUACACCAGAAGAAUGGAUUUACUUGUAUGCUGCUGGGAGAAAUAUUUGAGCUUGUGCAACUGGUGUUUGUGGUGACAUUCACAGUGUUCCUGGCUAACUGUGUGGACUAUGAUAUUCUCUUUGCCAACAAGUUUGUUAAUCACACUGAUUCAUCAAAGGUUACACUCCCUGAUGCUUUUCUCCCAGUGGAUGUGUGCAGUGCUCGGAUACAUGACAAUGUUUUUGUCAUCUUCAUCCUUGUUAUAUCGGGGGUCUUUUGGCUCCAUCGUCUCGUCAAGUUUAUCUACAACAUUUGUUGCUACUGGGAGAUCAGAUCAUUCUACAUCAACGCACUAAAAAUGUCCACGACAGACCUUCCUUAUUUCACCUGGCAAGAGGUGCAGGCACGGAUUGUUGAGAUACAAAAAGAACACCAGAUUUGUAUCCACAAAAAAGAAUUAACAGAGCUUGACAUCUACCACCGUAUACUGCGUUUUAAGAACUACAUGGUCGCGAUGGUCAAUAAGUCACUUCUACCUGUGCGCUUUCGUUUACCUCUACUGGGCGACACGGUUUUCUACACCCGUGGGCUCAAGUACAACUUUGAGCUCAUUUUCUUCUGGGGCCCAGGAUCACUUUUUGAGAAUGAGUGGAGUCUGAAGCCAGAAUACAAACGUGGAGGGAACCGUUUGGAGCUAGCAGAUCGCCUAAGCUCAAGGAUCUUGUGGAUUGGAAUUGCCAACCUUCUCCUAUGUCCAGUUAUCCUAAUUUGGCAGAUCCUGUACGCGUUCUUCAGCUACACUGAGGUGAUAAAGCGUGAGCCGGGAAGUCUGGGUGCUCGAUGUUGGUCUUUGUAUGGCCGUUUUUACCUUCGACACUUUAAUGAACUGGACCAUGAGCUGAUGUCACGCCUCAGUAAAGGCUACAAGGCCUCCUCCAAAUACAUGAACUGCUUCAUGUCACCAUUACUGACAGUGGUGGCUAAGAACGUGGCAUUCUUUGCUGGCUCCAUACUAGCAGUUUUAAUUGCUUUGACCAUUUAUGAUGAAGAUGUAUUGGCUGUGGAACACGUGCUAAGCAGUAUCACAUUACUUGGAGUCUGCAUCACAGUCUGCAGGUCUUUCAUCCCAGACAAGCAUAUGGUGUUCUGUCCAGAGCAGCUGCUUAAAGUGAUCUUGGCACACAUCCACUACAUGCCUGAUCAUUGGCAGGGUAGUGCCCACCGCUAUGAGACCAGAGAUGAGUUCGCACAGCUCUUUCAGUACAAAGCUGUGUUUAUUCUUGAGGAGCUCCUGAGUCCAGUCAUCACUCCCUUCAUUCUCAUUUUUUGCUUGCGUCGCAAAUCUGUGGAGAUCAUAGAUUUUUUCAGAAACUUUACUGUGGACGUGGUCGGUGUGGGUGACACCUGCUCUUUUGCACAGAUGGAUGUCCGUCAACAUGGUCAUCCUGCAUGGAUGUCUGCUGGGAAAACAGAGGCCUCCAUCUAUCAGCAGGCAGAGGAUGGGAAGACCGAACUGUCGCUCAUGCAUUUUGCCAUCACAAACCCACACUGGCAGCCUCCUCGGGAGAGCACCCAUUUCAUUAGCCAGCUGAAAGAGAAAGUGCACCGUGAGGCCACUGGGGGUCAACAAGGAAUCUUAACAGAAAAUCCUGCCUUCACCUCAACCCACUCUCUACAGUCCGAUUCAGAGCCUCGCAGUCUUAUUGCAAAUCUCCUGAUGGGACCCCCCUCCUUGGCCUCACUGCAUUUGGGUCGAGAGGGCUCCAUCAUCAAUCCUGUGUCCAUUGGAGUCAGUGAAGGAGUGUCCGCUCUCCGGUCUCUCUCUCCUGUCAGCACAAGUAUACACCUGCGGGGCAGCUACCCAUCUGCCAGGCUGCCACAACCUGACCAUCCAGCUGUGGUGGCUGGGCGGGCCAUGGCAGGCUCAGGCACUGAUGCUCGUACUGUCAGCUCCAGCAGUAGUGCCUGGGAAGGCCAGCAAACCAGUUUGGUUUUAUCAGAAUAUGCCUCCACAGAGAUGAGCAUUCAUGCUGUCUACAUGCAUGAGAUGCAUAAGCAGCAGUCCCGGGGUGAGCUGUCUCGACACACCUGGCACAGGCAAGAGAGUGACGAAAGCAGUGAGAGUGUCAAUGACGAUGUGGAGUCGGCCCGCAACUUUCCCCGUUCCAGCACUUUCCCAAGUGCCAGCAACACACACCAGGAGGGGGCAGCACUGCAAAACAGCAGCCAGAGGCACUACAGUGGAACCGCAGAUUCUAUUUCUGGAAGCUCUCGAGUCCAGAGAACACCUCGUAUGCCUAUGGGAGGCUGGUCUGAGGAGACACAAAUGUGUCGGCACCAUGACCCUGUGCCCGAGGAGGGGUCUGAAGACGAGCUUCCACCACACGUCCACAAGGUGACUUAACAGGUUUAUCAUAGAUGAAGUACCCACAAAGGACUCACAGCAUCCAUUUGCUUUUGGACUCUGAUUAAAAAAAGUCAUAUUUAUGUACUCUUGGACAGUGUCAAAUGCCCAAGCUUUACUUUUGUAUGUCACAGUGUGGCAUUAUAUCAAAUUGAUUUCAUAUGGCUUGAAGCACGUACAAUUUCUUUUUUUCUUUUCUUUUUUUUUUUUGAGUUCACUAGAAAUUGAUGCUCUAAUUCACUACAAUGGAUGAAAUGAUAAAAUAAAAAAACAAUUAUCCAUAUACCUGAAUGGGAACAUCUAACUAAUUGAUCCAGUCAUAUUCAAAAACUGACAGAUUUGUGAUCCUGUGAAGGAAUUAUAUUUGUAUCUUUAUUUACAAAGUUCAUAUUGCAAACUAUGCUUUUCCUUUCUUCUUUUUAUUAGUCUGUUGUCUUUUCAUUGUGAAUAGGCAAGUCUGUAAAUAAUCUUAUGGAAAAAACAAUUGCAUUGAAGUUAUUUUGACAUAAACCAUUCCCACGGUGUCCAAAAACGGUAGCAUUCAGUUGACCUUCAGGUUUAAAUUCUGUUGUCAAAAAGGUCAGUGGUGAUGUAGGAAAUCUGUGCUUAGAAUCUCUGAACUGCUUUUGGUAAUUUUAAGAUGAACACAAAUUUAUUAUAUUCUCGAAAUAAGAUUUAAUUUUCAGACCCAAUCUCUAUGAGGGAUUACCAAAGAGUUCAAGCAUGGCACUGGAAAUAAGAUGCAUGCUCUUUAUGUUGUUAUUUGCACAAAAUGUAAUGAGAAUGCACUUUAGAAUUUGUACAGAUCCAAAUGAUUAAAUGGCAGUGGGCAAAUAAAUCUUUUUAUUUUAUUUUUUAUAAAAAUACAGUUUAGAUGGUGUAUGCUUGUGUCUAUAAGCUAAACCACAAUAUUUUCAGUUUGUUUACCGUCCAUGGAUCUGGUGAAUAAAACACUGUCUUUCAUAAAAAUGAGUGAGGAGGUAUAGGAUUUCAAAUAUCUCAGGACCGGCUUCUUUUUGGCACUCGAAAGUGCAUGACACUUGUUGGAUGAUAGCAGGUUGCUGCACACUCCUAAAAACCAUAACUGCUAAAGGGACAAAAAUAAUCAUUUGUGAGUGACUGCAAUGUUUUUGGCAUGUUUAUACAUAUCAUUCAUAGCACAUAACGGCAGAAAAUAAAUGUAAACAGUAUAUUUUGUUUAACAUGAACUGACAGCAUUUCUCAUAUUGUACAUUGCAUCCUAUACAUUGUGCUUUGAUAGAAAGUGUACAAAAUACUAAUUGUGCAUGACCCUUGACCUUUACAUCAGUAAAUGUUUUUAAUAAUUAGCCUGUGAAAAGCUUAUGUGACCUUAUCUAAUUGAUCAACUGCAGCUGUGCAUUUUAAAUUAUCUUUCUUUUCAGGUAUAUAGAGAGAAUUUAAAUUUUGUACAGUUGUAAAUUCAUCAAUAAAAUGUAUUUAGUAGUUUGAUUACUGAAA